AUGACCUUUGCUGAGUUCGAGACUCUGUUUCUCGAUAAGUACUUUCCCACGUCCCUUCGCUUAGCCAAGGAACAAGAGUUCUUGAACCUGAAACAAGGAACGAUGACCGUCACCCAGUACGCAGCCAAGUUCGAGGAACUGUCACGUUACGCCCUAGACUCCAUCCCGAACGAGGACAGGAAGGCUAGGAGAUUCGAGUGGGGACUGACGACUGCUCGAAAGGCUGUGGUGGCUCAAGCUUUCACCACCUUUGCCGAGGUUGUGAAGUGUGCUCUCCGGCUAGAGAGUGAGGAGAGUGACUUCAAAACUCGAUGGAGGAAGGCCAUGGGACACUAUAAGUGCGACUGCCCUCAACUUCAAAGGGAGAGGAUUGAAAGCUUUGGAAAUCAGAAGGCUCAACAACCUGAGCAGGCCGGUUUUGAGAAGCAAAACCCUAGAGGCCCCUUGCAGCAACAGAAUGGGCAGAAUAAGGACAAGCAGCCCAUGAGAUACCAGCAAAGCACUGGAGGGCGUAUCUUUGCACUACAAACUGAGGCACAGGAGCAGGAUCCCUCUGUGAUCCAAGGUACGCUAUUAUUGUAUAGUACCUGUGAGCAAGCCUUGUUUGACUCUAGAGCAUCACAUUCAUUCAUAUCUACUGCCUGUUCUAGUGUAAAGAGGUGUGAACUAGAAGUAACCAACCUGCGCCUAAACUGCGAUCUUGGAGUGAACGACAUGGCGGAUUUUGACGUAAUCCUGAGGAUGAACUGGCUAUCAGUACAUCAAGCGGUCAUAGACUGCCAUCUGAAGAUGGUGACCGCGUAUACCCCCGUAGGAAAUUGUUCCCGAUUUAAGGGGGAUAGACAAACGGUGAGCCCGACGACGAGAAGAUCCGAGUGGCAGAAUCAACAGGUCAAGUGA